CUGAUGAUCAUGACCCAAUAAUGUGGAAAAGGAACGAGGACUAGGAACAGUGUUAUCGUAAAGAACAAAGAGUAAAGAUCAAGAAACAGCUCAAUCUCCGUAUCACAUUUGGAUUAUCUUCCUGAGAAAGAUCCAAACUUGAAAUGGCGGCCCAUGAUGAUUUCUUGGGCGUUAUGCCACCCCAGAUCAUCGGAAAAAUCCGCCACUGUUUCUGACGUCCCUUUCACCCCGCCAAUCGCCGCUGCCACCACAGAGCACUCACACAGACUAGUCCCGUAACUCUUGAAUCAUCACAAGAGCCAUUUUUGCUAUUAAAUUAUUAGUUAAUCCUAACUCCCAGUAAUUAUUAUAUUAUCAAGAAUAUAUAAAGCUGAUCACUCCUCUGCAUCCCGAUGUCUUCUUCUUCUUCAGCUUGCAGUUCGUAGAGGAAUUAUGUCGAGCAUCUCGAACGCGAUUCCACUGAAGAACGGGCUUUCGCUCUGGUGCCCACGGUCAACUUCAGUGAAUCAAAUUUCCGGACCUUCUUCAAUCGUUUCUACCAGUUCCCGUAGAAGAUUCACUGUUUCGGCUUCAUCUUUCGCCAAUGAAAAUCGAGAAUUUGUUAUAGUAGGAGGUGGAAAUGCAGCUGGUUACGCAGCUAGGACCUUUGUCGAGCAUGGAUUGGCUGAUGGAAGGCUUUGCAUUGUCUCCAAAGAGGCAUACGCACCUUAUGAGCGUCCAGCAUUAACAAAAGGUUACUUAUUCCCUUUGGAUAAAAAACCAGCACGUUUACCGGGUUUCCAUACAUGUGUUGGCUCAGGUGGCGAAAGACAGACUCCUGACUGGUAUAAGGAGAAAGGCAUAGAGAUGCUCUAUGAAGAUCCAAUGGAAGGCAUCGAUAUUGAAAAGCAAACAGUGAGAACAAAUUCAGGAAAGUUGCUCAAGUAUGGAUCCCUAAUAAUUGCUACAGGAUGUACUGCCUCCAGAUUUCCAGAUAAGAUUGGAGGAAAUUUACCAGGUGUUCAUUACAUUCGUGAUGUUGCAGAUGCCAAUUCACUGAUAUCAUCACUGGAGAAAGCAAAGAAAGUUGUCGUGGUUGGUGGUGGCUACAUUGGCAUGGAAGUUGCAGCAGCAGCCGUUGGUUGGAAACUUGACACAACCAUAAUUUUUCCCGAGGACCAUCUUAUGACAAGAUUGUUCACUCCUUCUCUGGCACAAAAGUAUGAACAACUAUACCAAGAUUAUGGUGUCAGAUUUGUCAAGGGUGCUUCAAUAAAGAAUCUUGAAGCUGGUUCUGAUGGUCGUGUAGCUGGUGUUAAACUUGAGAAUGGUUCUACCAUUGAAGCUGACACGGUCGUCGUUGGCAUUGGAGCCAAACCAGCCAUUGGUCCGUUUGAAAGGGUUGGUUUAAGCAGCGCUGUGGGAGGAAUACAGGUUGAUGGUCAGUUCAGAACAAGCGUACCUGGCAUUUUUGCUAUUGGAGAUGUAGCAGCUUUUCCCUUGAAGAUAUAUAACCGAAUUGCACGGGUUGAACAUGUUGAUCAUGCUCGUCGGUCUGCCCAUCAUUGUGUUAAAUCACUAGUAACUGCACAUACUGCCACGUAUGAUUAUCUCCCUUAUUUCUACUCAAGAGUAUUUGAAUAUGAAGGGAGCCAAAGGAAAGUAUGGUGGCAAUUCUUUGGUGACAAUGUUGGUGAGACUGUAGAAGUUGGGAACUUUGAUCCAAAAGUCGCAACAUUCUGGAUAGACUCUGGAAAGCUGAAAGGAGUUUUUCUUGAAAGCGGAAGCCCUGAGGAAUUCCAAUUGCUUCCUAAACUGGCUAGGAGCCAACCUUCAAUCGACAAAGCCAAGCUUGAGAAAGCAUCGUCUGUGGAGGAGGCACUGGAAAUUGCCAAAGCUUCCUUACAGGGUUGAAGCUCUAGUAGUUCCUUAUCGUCCAAUUUCUGCAUAGGCUCCUACACUAUGCAUUUCUUCUGUUAUGGCAGCUCCUCUGACUGAGAAUGGCCUGAUACUGAUUUCUGCCGGCAUUGUGAGAACAAGUACAACUUGUAAUUUUGCCUUUUUAGACGGGGAGAGAGAUUGUACAUGAUUGUUGAGAUGAUGACCAAGCUACAUUCAUUUUGCUUAAUAAAGAAAAUUCCCAGUUCUUGAUUUGAAUUUAAAA